GCCCUUUCUGCCUUAGGCACGAGAACGCAGCCGCCGGUGGUGGAUACACCGUAGACUAGAAAGUAAGAUAGUGAACACAGAGAGGAGACAAAAUGGCAGAGGCAGUGGAGGCGUCUACUACUACAACGCCGUCUGAAGGGACGGAGGGAGAGAAGCCAUGGCACGCUUACACCGCAGAGGAUCUGAAGAGAACAGUUUUUCAGUCUACGGAUUCCGCUCUCCGUUCUGCUCGUUCUCUUCAACACAACUCUUCCACCCAUCUCCACGAAUUACAGGAUUUCAUACCACAGUUGAAAUCCCACUAUAAAGCUUAUGAAGAUGCUUUCUUCAAGAAAAUCAAAGAUGAGUUGAUGAGCACACGAGAGCAUCCGGCUGUGGCAGGUGGAGUAGCUGUUAUGGCAGGCCUCCUUCUUAUGCGAGGCCCAAGAAGGUUUUUGUUCCAUCAUACAUUUGGUCGACUUCGGAGUGAGGAGGCACUUUUUGUUAAAGCUGAGAACAAUGUAAAAGAACUGAGUCUUUCUGUGGAUAUAACGAAGAAUGAGAGCAAAAAGCUGCUUGAAAGAGCAGCUCUUGCGGAAAAGGAUAUGAAACAGGGCAUCUCUGAACUCAUGAAUGUUGGAAGCGAAAUCCAAGGACUUGCUAAGUCAGUUUACAAGGUUGAAACCCAAGCAGCUGAUUUGAUGGAUGGCCUACGAGAAAUCCCUGGUAGGGAGGCUCUGAAACUUCGAGCAGAGGUUGCUUCUAUGGCAUCCCUUGCAAAACAGCAGAGGAGUGCUCUAAACAAGAGGAUAAUGAAGAUUUCAGAAUUGGGCAUUCGAGUUUGAUCAUAAAAGAAUCGAAGACCAUUGAAUGGACGUAAUAAAGGAAAUAUGGGUCUUUGUUGCCAGAAAAUUUCAGUUCAAUAAUGGCUUUGUUCAUUUCA